GGGUGACGGGAUGUGACGCCCCCCUGCCGUUUAGAGUACAGUGGUUCCCAAGCUGUGGGCCAUGAGAUAAACAAUGGAUCGCAGGAACAUGUGUAUUUAUUUACUUGACUGUAAUCACACUUAUCAUUCUCUCGCCGCCAGACAGCUGUCCCUCACCCUCACCCUCACCUGUGAAGCCACUCAGGUGUUUUCCACGUAGGGAUGUGUGUUUCUGCCUCCAGUAGACUUUCUCACUAUUUUCUUUGAAACUUUAUUGGACCUGCACCCCCGGUUAUCCUUCUGGUACUACCAUGGCAUCAGCAGUUUUCCUUUGCCCAGGAUGUGGAUUGGAAGUUUGCCCUAGACAGGAAGCACUUAUCUGUGAUGGAUGUAACUAGUGGCGCCACCGCUUAUGUGGUAUAGGAAUAUUACAAAAUGAGUACUGGAAUGUAAACAGACGACUGAAAGCUGGUGAAGUUUUCAUGUGGUGUUGCCCAGACUGUCGUGAUUGGAUGGAACUUCCAGAUGUAAACUGAAGCCCAGCCUGGAGGGGAGGUGAAGAGAGUAAAGCAAGGAAGCAAGGGGUGCAGGGAACAGUGCUGCACAGUAAGUGACGAGGGACAGAGUGCUCAUCAUAACACUGCAGGACAUAACAGGUUGGCUCUUGCUGUGUAGGGACUCAGCAUGGAGGUGGAGGAGCAGGGCAUGGAAGAAAUGAUGACACAGGUGUGCGUGAAGAAUAAGGAAUAUCUCACUGGUAAAAAUGAGAAACGGGAAAUGGAGGCAGAGGAGCAGGAUGACGAAGAAAUGAUGACACAGAUACGUGUGAAAAAUGACGAAUGUUUAGGUGCUGGAGAGAGACAAGACAUGGAGAGCAGAGAGCAGGACAAGGAAGAAAUGAUGACACGGAUAUGUGUGAAAAAUGACAAAUGUUUAGGUGCUGAAGAGAGACAAGACAUGGAGAGCAGAGAGCAGGAUGAGGAAGAAAUGAUGACACGGAUAUGUGUGAAAAAUGACAAAUGUUUAGGUGCUGAAGAGAGACAAGACAUGGAGAGCAGAGAGCAGGAUGAGGAAGAAAUGAUGACACAGAUAUGUGUGAAAAAUGACAAAUGUUUAGAUGCUGGAAAGAGACAAGACAUGGAGAGCGGAGAGCAGGACAAGGAAGAAAUGUUGACACAGAUACGUGUGAAAAAUGACAAAUGUUUAGAUGCUGGAAAGAGACAAGACAUGGAGAGCAGAGAGCAGGAUGAGGAAGAAAUGAUGACACAGAUUUGUGUGAAAAAUGACGAAUGUUUGGGUGCUGGAAAGAGACAAGACAUGGAGAGCGAAGAGCAGGAUGGGGAAGAAAUGAUGAUACAGAUGUGUGUGAAAAAUGAUGAAUGUUUAGGUGCUGAAGAGAGACAAGACAUGGAGAGCAGAGAGCAGGAUGAGGAAGAAAUGACGACACAGAUAAGUGUGAAAAAUGAUGAAUGUUUAGGUGCUGGAAAGAGACAAGACAUGGAGAGCAGAGAGCAGGAUGGGGAAGAAAUGAUGAUACAGAUGUGUGUGAAAAAUGAUGAAUGUUUAGGUGCUGGAAAGAGACAAGACAUGGAGAGCAGAGAGCAGGAUGGGGAAGAAAUGACGACACAGAUAAGUGUGAAAAAUGAUGAAUGUUUAGGUGCUGGAAAGAGACAAGACAUGGAGAGCGGAGAGCAGGACAAGGAAGAAAUGUUGACACAGAUACGUGUGAAAAAUGACAAAUGUUUAGAUGCUGGAAAGAGACAAGACAUGGAGAGCAGAGAGCAGGAUGAGGAAGAAAUGAUGACACAGAUUUGUGUGAAAAAUGACGAAUGUUUGGGUGCUGGAAAGAGACAAGACAUAGAGAGCGGAGAGCAGGACAAGGAAAAAAUGAUGACACAGAUAUGUGUGAAAAAUGACAAAUGUUUCGGUGCUGGAAAGAGACAAGACAUGGAGAGCGGAGAGCAGGAUGGGGAAGAAAUGACGACACAGAUAAGUGUGAAAAAUGAUGAAUGUUUAGGUGCUGGAAAGAAACAAGACAUGGAGAGCGGAGAGCAGGACAAGGAAGAAAUGACGACACGAAUAUGUCUAAUAAAUGACGAAUGUUUAGGUGCUGGAGAGGGACAAGACAUGGAGAGCAGAGAGCAGGACAAGGAAGAAGGAAUGUUACAGAUGUGUGUGGGGAAUGUGGAAUGUCUUGGCAGUGAGGGUGAGAAACAAGACACGCUGCAAAACUCCGAAGAUGAUGUACAGAACUCAGAUCAUAUCCCAGUGGCCUCUGAGUUUCCUAAGGGUGUAAGGAGCAAGGAAAACACUAUUGAGGAAUCUACUAAUGGGGUCCUAAAGAACGAUGAAAACAUUACUGAGGAGUCCAUUAAUGAGAGUGUAAGGAGCAAGGAAGACACUAUUGAGGGGUCGGGAUGUGAGGAGACAAGUGAAGCGCUCGAACCAAAAGUAGAGACAGGAAGGAAGAGGAAAAAGGAGAGCAAGUCGUUCCCAUGUGACAAAUGCAGCCGUGUGUCACACUCCUCCGCCAAUCUGAAGAAGCACAUGAUGACCCAUACUGGGGAGCGGCCUUACAUGUGCCACCUGUGCCGCAAGUCCUUCAGACAGCGGAACCACUUGGCGGACCAUUGGCGGGUGCACUCGGGGGAACGGCCCUUUGAAUGUGAACUCUGUGACAGUCGGUUCAUUCAGAAGUCUUCCUUAAACCUACACAAAAAACGUCAUUUUGGGGUAAAGUCGUUUUCCUGCACCGAGUGUAAUUAUGCCACAUAUGAGAAGGUGCACUUGACGGCACACAUGAGGACCCACACCGGGGAGAAGCCAUACCAGUGUGAGGAAUGUGGCCAGACCUUCUCCACGGCCACCAGACUCAAGUACCACCGCAUGAUCCACACGGGGGAGCGGCGGUACAAGUGUGACAAGUGUGGCAUGCCGUUCCGGGAGAAGGUGACGCUGCAGACGCACAUGGCCGUCCACCUCAAGCUGGGGCCAUUCGAGUGUGAGGAGUGCGGCCAGGAGUUCUCCCGCCUGGCCAGUCUGUCGCUUCACCGGAAGGUUCACAAUAACAAAGACAAUUACCUGUAUGUGCAUGACAAGGAAGCCAAUCAAUCUUUCAGAUCUGCCUUGGAGAAAGCAUCCCAUGACAAGAUGGCACAGGUUACACAGCCAUCAGAAGAGUCCAAGAAAACACCAGGGUCUGAGAGUGACCAGGAGACAGAGUUGGAUCACACAGACAUUCCCUCAUCCCCUGGCACACCUGAGCAGCCAGCAAGCAGUGGGGUGAAGGGUGAGGAGCGAGGAACACCUAACACCCCUCCCAGGCUUCCUCUUGGCCCAGCGUCCUGCCUUUCACCCGAGGCCAGCAGUCCAUCUCUGAACAAGAUUUCCUCUUCCCCGGAGACUGACUCACAGCACAGACUUAAAGAGAAUCUGGCAUCUAACCUGAAGUACAGUUUUGAGCCGAGUGGCAGCAACGUUGAUCCUGAGCAGGUGAGAGAGGCACUGGAGAAUGGAACCAUCCUGGAGACCCAAGGUGAUGAUGGCAAAGGUUUCUUCAUUGUGUUGCCACCAGCUUUGAAGAACAAAGACAUCAUGGUGUUGGCAGAUUCCCCGCAGUCAUCCACAGCAAUCUCAAGUAUUUCAGAUUCCAGCCUGACAUUGAAGGACAGAGACUCAGCCUUUGAGGGAAAUCUGUCCCCAAACAUCCUGUCGGAGAAUGUCUUGGAGAGCCAUGGCACACUGUACCCGGGGGUUGUGGAGGAGGUGCAUGAGUGUGACAUGGACUCUGUGGGGCUGGAGGAGGAGAUAUGCAGUGAAGUUGAGGGAGAUAUGAUACACCCAUGUGAAGCAGAGUCCAUUGAGUGUAUAUUCAACACAAACUGCCAUGAGGAGGUGCUGGAACCCUUGGGUAGAUAUUCUGAGGCCAUCGAGGAGCACCUUUCACCAGAUGGCACCUCGCUGAUGCUGUGGAAGGACAAUAGUGUCAACCAGCUGGGCAAUGUCACCUAUAUCAUAGAGGCUGGGAAGAAGGAACCCAUAGUCAUACACACUCAAGAUGACCUGAGUAGCCUUGUGCCCUCAGUCAAGGGGAAGAGACAGAGGUGCAAGGGAAGUGGUCAUGUCCUGGAAGGGAGUGAAGGGAGUAAUCUUGAACUAGGGGACUGUGUGAAGAUAAGGAUCAGCAGCAGGAAAGGCAAAAUCAAAAAGCAAAGGUCCCAGAGGGUGUACAACUGUGAGCAGUGUGGGAAGCCAUGUAAAAAUUCAUCUAAUUACAUCGCCCACUUGCGGACACAUUCAGGGGAGCGGCCAUACUUCUGUGCGCUGUGCAGGACAGGCUUCAAGCAGAUAUCCCACCUGCGUUCCCACAUUCGGGUGCACACAGGAGAGCGGCCCUAUGUGUGUGACCUGUGCGAUGCAGCCUUCACCCAGUCCUCCAGGCUCAACUCCCACAAGAGGAAUGUACACGCUAAUGGACAGACAGAAGUAAAGAAGAAAAAGGAGAAAUACACACCAGGAAAUAGGAUCAAGAACUUUUUCUGUCGGCACUGCAACAAGACGUACAUCGGCGAGUGCCUCAAGGUGGACCACAUGAAGACUCACCGUCACUUGUUACAGCAUGUGUGUGAGGUAUGUGGCAUGCAAUUCAAAAACAAGACUUCCUUGUUGAGUCAUUCCAUGAAGCACACUGACGGCAUGCAUGUGUGUGAGGUGUGCGGCACGGAGGUGGCCAGCCUGCAGGACCUCAGCAGGCACAGAGCCAUGUUGCACAGCAGGAGUAUGCCCGGCAGCGACCUGGUUGACAUGUACAUCAACGUGAAGAUAGGAGAGGAAAGUGACUUCAUCGUCCUGAACCCAGCAAUGAGGGACAAUCCCAGUGACAUGCUAGAAAUCCAAAUGAAGAGUGAAGGCGCUGAUGAGGCAGAGGGAAGCCUGUGCGAGGUGAAGCAGGUGAUCCACCUCACCGACAUCAAUGGCAGUGUCAAGAGUGAGGUGGAGGUGAAGGAAGAGGAAAUGGCUGUGCAUGACAUCACUGACACAUCUCCACAGAAAGACAAAGACCACAUUGAGCAGCAGGAGGAGGAGGAAAGUUCCAGCUUGUUGACAAACUCACAGAAGGAAACACCGGGCAGUGUUGAGGAUGAUGUGGAUGCUGCCAAGGAAAGAGAGAUGAAGGACAAGCAAUUCAUCACUUACGUGGAUAAGGUCGGCAAGAAGGUCUGGCUGUGCAAAGUGUGUGACCGAUCCUUCGGCCAGUCAUCCAACCUGUACUGCCACCUGCGCAUGCACACUGGGGACAAGCCCUACCACUGCAACGUGUGCCCUCGGGCCUUCCGCCAGAUCUCCCACCUCAAGGACCACAUGCGGCGCCACACGGGGGCCAAGCCUCACCGCUGCAGUAGGUGCAGAAAGUGCUUCUCCCAGCGGUCAGCUGUGAGGCGUCACAUCAGGGUGCUGCACGGGGGGGACGCCGUGGCCCUGAGGGAGCCGGAGAGCGGCCUCACCAAGGAGAUCAUUGACACAUUGAGUGACGAGUGUGGCCUGGUGUCUCAAGGUGUGAAAAUGGGUGAUGCUCAAGCCAGCACAGACAGACUCCUUGAGAAUGAUGAGCAGUUAUGUAAACUCCCACACAAAGAAAACAUACCUCAUGCUUGCAGGGUGUGUCAGAAGCAGUUCAGUCAAGUGUCAAGUUUUAAUGCACAUACACGGAAGUGCAGGAAACUCCAGACACCACAGAAAGUUGCAGCAGACGACAGGUCCUGUGAGUGGGGGAAGAGCUUCUCCGCUGCUCAGCUGCUGAGGCAUCAGGAGGGCUGCAGCUUGGUGCAAGAUGACAAUGACCUUGAAAAUAAAACUGAAAAAAUAUCAGGAAGUGGUGAAGAGUGUGAAAGUGACCUCAAGAAAUCACAUUGUGAGAAUACUGGAGAUACAGCAAAUAAAAAGAGUAGACACAAGCCAGCAAAAGCAGCAAGUAUUAACACUCUUGUGACACAGAAUCAGUUCAAAUGUAAGGAGUGUGGGGAAGUGUUGCACGGCAUGACAUCAUACAAGGCACACCUGCAGGCCCACGGGGAGGAGCUGCAACAGGUGUGUGUGGUGUGCGGGGAGGCCUUCAAGAGAGCCUCUGCCCUGAGGUACCACCAGAGCAUGAAGCACGGCAGGCAGGACAGGCGGUACAAGGAUUUCUGCUCCACUGGGUAUGCCACUGUGCAGGAAGACGACCUGGAAGAGGACAGCGUUAUGGUGAAGGUAGAGACAGAGUCUGAGGAGAGUUUGAGCAUAACUGAUGAAGGUGAAUGGGAAGAGGAGUGUGGUGGCAGAGAACCAUAUACCAGAGUGAAGCCAAGGAAGACAUAUUUGAAGCGUAAAUCAAGACAAGAUUUAAAAAGGACCAGAAGAGAUACUCUGAAAACCACAAGUAACACAACUCAGAAGGAUAUUGAGAAUGAUAAAGAAUUCAAUGAAAGUUCUGGUGAAAAUUUAGAAAGCAAGAGUUAUGUGUGCAGUGUGUGUGGCAUGGCAUUCACCCGCUCCUCCAAGCUGCGACACCACACAGCCAUGUGGUGCAGGGGGCGGCACAGCACACGGAACAACACUAAUAGACGCCAACCUCACCCUGAAAGGACCCCAGUAAAAGUGAGCAAAGUGGCCAGGAAACCAGAGAACCAGAGAAGUAAAAGCACUGGAAACUCACCAGUUGCUUGUAGUACACCAGACUCUUUGAGUGAACGUUUAGUAAGUAAGAGUGAUGGUGAUGUUCCUGCCACCUCUGCUGUAGUCAAGGAGGGAAGUGUAAAGCAAAGUAGUGCUGCGUUGUACUGUAAAACCUGUGAUACAUGUUUUCCAGACAAAGAUUCAUGUGACAAGCAUGUGUGUUCCCCAGCCAGUGAGAAACCCUUCAGGUGUGAACACUGCCUGCUGAGGUUCAGACGCAAGGCUCACCUCUUCAACCACUAUAGGAGACAUACCAGGGAGGCCUGUCUGGAGGACCUGUAGAACUUUAAGUACUACACACACACACAAACACACACACACACACACACACACAUACACACACACACACACACACACACACCUUGUAUUGACACAGUCGAACUGAUAGUACAAAAGCAUCAGUCUUGACUUAAUUGUGUAAUAGGAGCAAGAAAGUUUACUUUUUUAAUUGUAUGUAAUGUCAGCAUUGGACACCAUGUAUGUGACUGGAUUGUGUUUAUAUAUUUUUAUAGAUUGUUUUAGUUAAUUUCUGGAGUUGUCCAGUACAUGACGUAACUGAGUGAAGAAAUUGAGUUAUGACGUCAGUGUUCAAAGAAAUAUUUACCACAUUUAGUUUUCUUCAAGGAUAAGUAAAGUACAGCUUGUCUGUUCUGGAAUGCAACUUUUUCUGGAAUUACGUACAGCAGGUGUGAUCAAAAGUUCCUGGAUGGCUUCCACAGUGAGCAAGGAAGCAUGAGAGCACAGCAGGAGGGAGCAGUGACUUGUGUGAGUCAGCAUGCCAAGCUUUGUGUGUCUCACCAUUGGAGGUGCUAAUAACACCACACUGGCCUGUUGUGAUGACCCAGUGAGCCAAGUCAAGGCCAGGCUACUGAUAUUUUUAGCAUGUCAUUUAGAACAGUUCAUGCAAUCCUCACAUUUCCCUUGAAUAUGCACCAUUUUGCUGCCAUGUCCAGGUGCCUUACCCCACCAUGAUAACACAAUUGUUCAUAAUGUGUUGAAACAGUGCAGUUUUCAUCUACACCAGCACAGUUGGCUUGGCGCCCUGUGGCUUCCUCCUCUUCUCCAGGACGAGUGUUUGCCUUCUUGACUCUGUGCAGGAGACCCAAUGCUGCUUACAAACAGUUCCUGACACACACACACACACACACACACACACACACACACACACACACACCUCAGGGCCUCCAGGGAGUAUUCCAAGCAUGGGGGGAAGCACUGGAGGUGUGUUCAGCUGCACAAGGCCAUUCAUUCAAAACAGGAUGGCACCAAAAUUUAAAUCAGAAAGUUUAUUGCAUUUUAUAUAGUUUCAGAAGUUUUUGAUCAUGCCUCUGGUACUUAUAUAUGAAAAGAGAGUAAUCUUUCCUUCAUAAGUAUGUCAUUCAGAAGAUUUAGGCAUACAUUACUAAAAGAAUGUUGUGUUGCACAUUCAGAAGUAAGAUCCUUGCUAUUACAACAUUACAACUGACCCCACAGUACAAAGUAUCUAUGGGCAAUUUAUUUCCUGCAGACAAGACACCGUAUUGCACAGACCCGUGUGGUGAUUGUUCUGUAGUAUCCAGCAGAAUUCACAUGACCUGUCUUGUUACCAAUGUUCUUUCCAGCAUCUGUCACCUUGUCUCUCUCCAACAAGCAGCAAAGACAGCCAAAUGUUCAGAACUCUUCAGUAGUGCAGGCUGAACUGACCCAGAGGCCAUAUCCCUGCCCAUCUCUCAGUGCGCCAGUGGAGUUGUAUACUCAUAAUGUUCUUGCCACAAAUAUAUUCAAUUUUUAUAUUUAUAGGAAUAUUUUCAUAUGUAAGGUAUUUUUUCAAUCUUUUUAUCAGUUAACCUUGCCAUCAGCUUAUUUUAGAGUGUAUCAAUAGGAAGGCAAUAAUGAUAUCAAAGUGGUAAGCCUUCAGAAAAAUUUUUGGAAGCAGCUAAACAUUUUAUUCACAAAGACACUCAUGUCUUAUGCACACUGCAUCCUCAGUGGUGUGAGUCAACUGUCACAUGGAAUACUGUGCGUCUGUACAUCAUGUGCUUAUGAGUUUCCAAAAUUCUUGUGAAGAAUUAAUACCUAGACAUUAUUGUUGUCUUCCUAUUGAUAUUUUUGAAAAGCAGCACAGGACAAGGCUAAUUAGUCAGGCAAUUGAAAACACAUUAGAUAUAAACAUGAGGGGAGUGUCAGGAGCACCAUGAGUGCACCGCUGUCUGCUGCCGUGCUGAGGGGGAGGCAGGCUGCCCUGCAGGUCAGCUCAGCCUGCGGUGGCUACACUUGUAAUGGUCAUUACCAAGUUCCAGAAGGCAUCAAGCUACAGUAUUGUUACUUUUUUUUUUUUAUUAUUAUUAUUUUGUUUCUUUUUUGUGUUGUGUGACUGACUAUACUGUGAUCUUGUGUAAAGGAAGACAAGCAAUAAAAUGUAAAUAAUAAAUUUA